AUGUCCUCGACCACUCAGUCAAAUAUCACUAGAACCUCAACUAUCGGCAGGGAUACCUCCGACACCUUUACAACAGAACCUGCUUCGGAUGCUACCCCAUCUACGGUUUUCGUUUGUUUGACGAGAGAUCUUCGCAAUGCCAUAAUUACCGAUAUCACCGCUUCGCAUGGUCCCACUCUUCGGGACAAUCAAAAAGAACCAUUCAAGCAAUACAAGGAGGAGUGCCGCGAGGCAUCCCUGUCUUUAGCUAAGGACAAAAGCAUGUCAACAAUUUUCCGAACAAGCUCAAUCCCAAAUAUCAUUCAAACUUUUCAAAGUCGGCUGAACACUAUUACUCCAAACCCACCUGGAUCUCGUGUCAUAGUAGUAGACGGUCAAGAUAUCUCUGAAAGCUGGAACAAAUUUGCCAAUAGGGUUAAAUUGGACAGAGUGUGCGGUCAUCUAGUCCUCAGUGUCAAAGAUCCAAAAGCCGUAUCUGGAGAAACAUUGUCAAAACGUUGGUUCGGUUCUUCCAAAGACGCCGAGAUUACAGGCUGCAAAAUAAGGAAUGGACGACCAUCUGGUCCUCAACGUGAGGAGGCAUACAGGAAACUGCAUGACUUCGGAUCGAGAUACCUAGAUGAGAAGAAUAGUAACGUAUGGCCCGGUGAAUCCGUCGCUACAGAGUUAUCUAACAGACCCGAACAUUUUGGCUGCGGGGUAGUUACCGUUUCUGAAGCUAUGUUUAGCUUACCUGGCAUGUUUGAGGAUGUAGUGUACACCAGGGGUAAUGGAUAUUCUGACCAAGGGAAACGGUCAGACGACCAUGCGCCCGCCAGCGAAGAUUUGAUCGACUUUGAACACGAGACCCCCGCCAAUGCAGACAAAACUGCCACCACCGGGCUUCCUUAUAACAAGGGUGAAUGGAAUGAAGAAUCUUGGGAGACAUGGUAA